AGAAAGGUUGACGACUUGGCUACUGGAGUGACUGAUACCUUCACUGCCUCAGGGUCCUUUGCGCUGAUGGGGAUACGAUUCCUUGCAAAUGCUGUGUUCUGGCUCUGGUUUUACCUCUUUAGGAGUGGCUUUGAAGAGAUGUCGUCCCCUGUGAUCCGGGAGGCAGAGGUGACACUGACCGCACGGAAACAGAGUGCUCAGAAGAGAGUUUUAAUUCGAGCAUCCCAAGAUGAAAAUUUUGGUAGUGCUACACCAAAAAACCAGGCUAUUCCACGAACUCCCAGCUCAUUUCGACAGCCAUUUACCCCGCUGAGCCGAAGCUGCCCCAGGCCGCCAGAUGUUUCCUGCAUUCUGGGAACAGGAGGGAGGUCUCCCCGACUUACACAGUCUUCGGGGUUCUUGGGAAAUCUCUCCACGGUGACUAAUCUGGACGACAGUUGUUGGGCAGCUGCACUGUCAUCGCAGCGUUCAGGGCUCUUCACAAACACAGAGCCCCACAAUGCAACAGAAGACAUGACCCUCAGCGCGGUCAUGUUGCGAGAGGACGAUCCUGGGGAAGCUGCAUCCAUGAGUAUGUUCUCUGAUUUCCUGCAGUCCUUUUUGAAGCACUCGUCACUUACAGUUUUUGACCUCGUGGAAGAGUAUGAAAACAUUUGUGGUAGUCAGGUGAAUAUAUUGAGUAAAAUAGUGAGUCGGGCAACACCUGGACUUCAGAAGUUUUCAAAAACAGCCAGUAUGCUCUGGCUGCUUCAGCAGGAGAUGGUCACAUGGAGGCUGCUGGCAUCUUUGUACAGAGACAGAAUACAGUCUGAAUUAAAAGAUGAAAAUAUGUUUGAAAUUACUGCUCUUAAUGCAAGUGAAAAAACAGUGGUGGAAACAUUAUUUCAGAGAGAAUCACUUGUUCGACAAAGUCAGCUGGUGGUAGAUUGGUUAGAGAGUAUCGCCAAAGACGAGAUCGGAGAAUUUUCUGAUAAUAUUGAGUUUUAUGCAAAAUCAGUCUAUUGGGAAAACACUCUGCACAUCUUAAAGCAGCGGCAGCUUUCUUCUUACAUAGGAGGUACCCGCCCUCUUGUCACGGAACUGGACCCUGAUGCUCCCAUCCGACAGAAAAUGCCUCUGGAUGACCUAGACAGAGAAGAUGAAGUCAGGUUACUCAAAUACCUUUUCACACUAAUCCGUGCCGGCAUGACAGAAGAGGCACAGCGACUGUGCAAGCGCUGCGGGCAGGCGUGGCGAGCUGCGACUCUGGAGGGCUGGAAGCUGAGCCACGACCCCAACAUCAGUGGAGGAAUCGAGUUGGAACCUGUUGAAGGGAAUCCAUACAGACGCAUUUGGAAAAUAAGUUGUUGGAGAAUGGCAGAAGAUGAACUUUUUAACAAAUAUGAGAGGGCGAUUUAUGCAGCACUAAGUGGGAACCUUAAGCAGCUUCUUCCAGUCUGUGACACGUGGGAGGACACAGUGUGGGCCUACUUCCGGGUCAUGGUGGACAGUCUGGUGGAACAGGAAAUCCAGACAUCAGUGAUGACCCCAGAGGAGACAGAAGAACUCCCCAGGGAGUACAUGGAAGCCAAUUGGACUUUAGAGAAGGUUUUUGAGGAACUUCAAGCUACUGACAAAAAGAGAGUUCUGGAAGAGAAUCAAGAACAUUAUCACACAGUUCAAAAAUUCCUUAUCCUGGGAAACAUUGAUGGUCUGAUGGAGGAGUUCAGCACGUGGCUUUGCAGAGGCAGGGGCAGCCUCCCCGGACACCUGCUGCGCUUCAUGGCCCACCUUGUCCUGUUCUUCCGCACCCUGGGACUGCAGACCAAGGAAGAAGUUUCUGUUCAAGUUUUAAAGACGUACAUACAGCUUCUAAUAAAUGAGAAACAUACAGACCUCAUCGCGUUUUAUACCUGCCAUCUGCCUCAAGACCUCGCCGUUGCCCAGUAUGCACAGUUUCUGGAAAGCGUCACGGAGUUUGAGCAGCGCCACCACUGCCUGGAGCUGGCACGAGAGGCAGAUUUGGAUGUUGCAACAAUAACAAAAACUGUAGUUGAGAAUAUUCGAAAGCAAGAUAAUGGUGACUUCAGCCAUCAUGACCUGGUUUCAGCCCUGGAUACCGGCACCACUGAGGAGGACCGUUUAAAGAUCGACGUGAUUGACUGGCUGGUGUUUGACCCUGCACAGAGGGCAGAAGCCCUGAAACAAGGCAAUGCAAUCAUGAGAAGGUUCCUGGCAUCCAAGAAGCACGAAGCUGCAAAGGAGGUGUUCGUGAAAAUCCCUCAGGAUUCCAUCGCUGAGAUCUACAGUCAGUGGGAGGAGCAAGGGCUAGAGAGCCCACUUCCUGCCGAGGACGACAACGCCAUCCGCGAGCACCUGUGCAUCCGAGCCUACCUGGAAGCCCACGAGACCUUUAAUGAGUGGUUCAAGCAUAUGAAUUCAGCUCCGCAGAAACCGACCGUGGUUCCUCAGGCGACUUUCACUGAGAAGGUCGCUCACGAGCACAAGGAGAGGAAGUAUGAGAUGGAUUAUGGUAUUUGGAAAGGGCAUUUGGAUGCCCUCACCGCCGACGUCAAGGAAAAAAUGUAUAACGUCCUGUUGUUUGUCGAUGGAGGGUGGAUGGUAGAUGUUAGAGAGGAUGCAGAGGACGACGACGAGCGCGUACGCCAGAUGGUCCAGCUGCGGAAGCUGUGUCUGCCGACGCUCUGCUUCCUGCUGCACGCGGUCCUGCACGGCACCGGCCAGUUCCAGGAGUGCCUGCAGCUGGCCGACAUGGUGUCCUCUGAGCGCCACAAGCUGUACCUGGUGUUUUCCAAGGAGGAGCUGCAGAAGCUGCUGCGGCAGCUGCGCGAGUCAUCCCUGGCACUCCUGGACCAGGGGCUGGACCCGCUGGGGUACGAGCCUCCGCCAUAGCCCGCCACUGCAUCACGCUGACUUCGGGACCAGCGGGGGCUUGUAAAUGCCUGCAUUUGUCACGGCUGGGUUUUUUCUUUUGCGUUAUCAUGUAAAAUGUGGACAUUUGACUUCUGUGCCUUUCAGAGGUGACACUUUGAAAACUUAAUGUAAGAAAUCAGUAUUUUCUGUGUGUGUUUGAAUAAGAUUAUAUGAAAAUUGAAGUUUUUUGGUUUUACAAACUCCAGGAUUGUUUCUCUACACGUAAUAAAGAAAUUAAAUUCCCUAGCUAA